AUGCCGUUACAGAUGUUCCCCGUACGGGUGGCGGUGGAAACAGUUCGAGCGCAGCAUUGUCUUUCAUGCGCUCACGACGGUCACAUACUGGUUGACACCUACGCCAUUGUAUCUGGCACAACUAUUUUAAGUCAGUUAGUCGAAACGGUCCUCUCGGCUCUUGGACAUCCUCAACUAGCACUGAACGCUCGAGGUCUGGUGCAGGUGAACAACUGGAAAGCACUUCCAUUCGAACAAAUCACCGAUAAUCCCGACGAGACCGUACACUCACUAUUCAAAGACAUUUCCGGUCAUAUUACGUUACGAAUUCUAACAAAACCCAGUACUUCAGACUCUGCAAGUACGCAGUGUAUAACCGAUCUCAAACAACGGUUGUUAAAAACAGCAGUAUCGAAAAAUCCACAAAUUCUCAACAGCGUGGAUAACCAACAGAUAAAGGAGCUUAUCAGCCAAGUAAUCGCCGGUGACGAUCCGGCCAUUCUCAAUCAUGAACAGAUAAACUCAAUCAACGAGUGGCUAGAGACGCUCGACCAAGGCGAUGAACGACGAAGGUCGGUAUUCGAUUACCGUUUAACGUCGUUGCGAACGUAUAGAUCCGGACGGCAAAUACUUACAGACGCAUAUCCUCACUGGAGCGGAUUACGAUAA